UGACCUGCAGCCAGCUGGAGACGGAGAGAGACAGCUGACGGUGUGUGUGUGUGUGUGUGUCCCAGCUGAAGACUCUGAGCUUUCUGUCUCCGUCCGCCCGACCGACAACAUCGUCCAGCAUGGACAACAGCAACGGCCUGUUUAAUCCCAGCCUGGCGGCGGCUCUCAAGAAGUUCGAUCCAGAGGACGGCGAGCAGAUCGUCGAGUACUUCGAAACCCAAGCCCUGCUGCUGAGGGAGAAAGCACUGCUGCAGGCGUCACUCAGAGAUCAGAAGAAGCUGCUGGUAGAAAACGGAAAACUGAAGAAAGACAUCGAACAGCUGAGACAUCAGCUGCAAGACAAACAGAGGAGACGCACAGUCAGGGCUUUGUUCUCCCCGCCCCCUCCGACAGGUAGCCCCGCCCCCACGACGCCUGUCAGUCAACCUUCCUCCCCCGCCGGAGCAACCGCCGCCGCUCCUGCCGAGCCUCCUUCACCCUCCUCCCACGACCAGAGAGAGAGGCGGAGCAGGAGGGGUCGAGGAGAGAGGAGAGCCCGUCCCAUCUCGGACCACCUGCCCCUGGGGGCGGAGCCUCGGGUCGACGUGUCACGACUAGACCUGCGGGUCGGACGCAUCGUCAGCGUCCGCCGCCAUCCGCUGGUCACGACGCUGUCCGUCCAGGAGGUGGACGUGGGAGAGAAAGUCCCCCGCAUGGUGGUCAGCAAACUGGGCGGGACAACACGGCCGGAGGAGGGCGACCUCGCUGUGUUGCUAUGCAACGUCAAGGCCUGUAAGCAGAGGGGCGUGGUGUCUCAGGCCCGCCUCCUCUGCUGCUCCGCCUCCGAUGAUGUCAUCGAGCUGCUGGUCCCACCCACAGGCUCUCAUCCUGGGGACAGAGUUACCUUCCUCAAUUACCCCGGGGACCCGGACCGGGAGCUGCAGUCCAAGGACAGGGUUUGGGAGCUCCUUCAGCCCGACCUGCAGGUCGACUGCAGGGGCGUGGCCAACUAUAAAGGCUGCAGGUUUGAGGUGAAGGGGAAGGGACUAUGCAGGGCCCCGUCCCUCACCAACUGCCUCAUCAGAUAGACACAGCGAGGGGCCAAGACUCGCUGAAAAACGAUCUGCACCAGGGUGCUUUUAUUGUGAAAAGCCCACUCUGCUGUGGGCAACUGGUUAGGCAACUGGUCAGGCAACUGGUCAGGCGCUCACAAAAGAAGAAAUUAAAUAAAAUUGGUUAAAUUUCA